AUGGACUUCGACGCGAUCCUGGAAGACGUGGGCACCUUCGGGCGCUACCAGAAGCUGGUGGUGUAUUUCAUCCUGCUACCAGCCGUGCUGCCGUGCGGGUUCCAUGCGUACGCGCAGCUGUUCAUGGCCGCAGACGCAAGGCACUGGUGCCGCGUGCCCGAGUUGGAACACCUCCAGGAUAUUGGACUCGUUAAGAAUCUCAGCAUACCCCUAGAGCUAAAGAACGAAGCGUUGGAAUACUCUGAAUGCAGCAUGUACAACCUGAACUACAGUGACCUGGUGAAGAACUACCCCAACUUGGAAGACGCCCUGAUGAGGGAAGCUCCAGCAGAGAUCGUCCCUUGUGCCCAUGGCUGGAUAUAUGAGAAGACCAUCCAUCCUAAUACUGUAGUUACUGAGUGGAACCUGGUGUGCGACAAAGACUUCUACCCGACCCUUGGACUGGUUCUGUUAGCAGCCGGAGGCAUCGUGGGCAACUACAUCUUCGGCUACCUCCAAGACACCCUCGGAAGAAAACCUUCCUUCUUCAUCUACCUGCUCAUCGAAUGUGUCUUCGGAGUUGCGACGGCGUUUGCGCAGAACUAUGUCGUUUGGGCUAUCUAUAGAAUCGGAGUUGGGUUUACUGUGCCUGCUAUUAUGGCCACGCCUUAUGUUUUGGCAAUAGAGCUGGUCGGUCCUCGCUGUCGAACGCUCUGCACGAUUCUCUCCAACAUCGCUUAUUCUCUGGGCCUCAUCCUCCUCGCUGGAGUAGUCUACCUGGUGCGAGACUGGCGACAGUUGGCGCUGGCUACCACGCUGCCGUUCCUCUGCUUCUUCUUCUACCUGUGGCUCAUGCCUGAAAGCCCCAGGUGGCUGCUUGCUAGAGGACAGUUCGAAAAAGCUGAAGUAAUUUUGAAGAAUAUGGCCAGGAUAAACGGCAAAUCGUUGCCAGCUAACUACAUGGUCCAUCUCCGUCGCAAAUACGAAUCGGACAAGCUAAAACAAGAUCUUGAGAAGGAGAAGUCCAGAAAAUAUGGCAUCAUGGACCUUUUCAGGACGCCAAAUUUGAGAAAGAAGACCAUAAUCAUUACUUUCAUAUGGUUCACGAACACCAGUGUAUAUGUCGGUCUGUCGUACUAUGCUCCAGUUCUCGGUGGGAAUGAGUUUUUGAACUUCUUCCUGGCUGGUGUGGUGGAGCUGCCGACUUAUUUGUUCCUCUGGCCUUCCAUGGAGAGGCUUGGGAGACGGUGGACGCUCUGCAUGAGCAUGGUGGUCGGUGGAGUCGCUUGUUUGACCACCUUUCUGGUUCAGCACGAAACUUACGUCACCCUAGCAUUAUACUGUGUGGGCAAGAUGGGCAUAUCGUCAUCGUUCGUGGUACUGCCGCUGAUGGCGUCAGAAUUGUACCCCACAGUGGUGAGAGGCCUCGGGAUGAGUCUCAGUUCAGUUCUCGGCAUGCUCGGGCCGAUAUUCAUACCGCUUGUCAAUUAUCUGGGUUCAGAUAUAAUGGUAUUACCUCUAAUCAUCAUGGGAGCACUCUUAGUAGCUGGUGGGAUAGCAAGCCUUCUCCUACCGGAAACUUUAAAUCAACAUCUACCACAAACUUUGGAAGACGGAGAGAAAAUGGGCCUUGACACAGAUUUCUGCUGCAAUCCACCCGUUAAGGAAACAAGGGCAAAAAAAGACAAUGAUGUAAAAUUAGAACACCAAUCUUGUACCGCUCUCUGCACUUGUCAAAUGGUAAAUGUGAAUUUAGAAAACGAUGCCUCUGUUGCUGGGAAAGAACACGAAAAAGUUGACUUUAUUGUUGCUAUUAAAUGA